UUGCCAUUGUUACUGUGUUCCAAGCCAAACAGUUGUGUCAAUAACUUGUUAACUAACAAUGGAUAUUAAAAAUUUAUGCAUUGUGCAUUUUGCAUUAUAUUCCAGUAAAAUGAGGACGUUAUUCACUGCUAAGCUUUUUUUAUAUAUCUUGUUUUUUGGUGUGUUAUUUUUAGUGUAUAAGAUAUUAAUAGACUAUAAAUCAUACUCACAAAAUCUGUCCGGCCACAAAUUUGUACAUGGGAUUGUAUCAAAAUGGUUAUAUAGCAAGGUACAGAACCGGACAAAACAAGCCGAGAAGAAGCUAGAUAAAAAAUCAGUGAUGAAGUACAUACUCCAGUGGACAUCGGCAAGCAACUCGCCUUUCGUUUACAUGGGAAAAGGUCGAGAAGGUUUCACGAGCAGAAAAUGUCCACACACCAACUGUUUUGUGACAUCAAACCGAUCUCUUCUCGGUGAUAUGAAGAAGUUUGAUGCUAUUGCUUUCUGUGGUACUGAAGUUAGAUACUACACAAAAGAGAUGUUACCUUUAACCCGAUCGUCUCAUCAAAAAUAUGUCUUUGCUACGAUUGAGUCCUCUCAUUACUAUCCUGUAUGCACGGUCCUAUUCGAUAAUUACUUCAACUGGACUUGGACGUUCAGACUCGACUCUGAUGUACGAUGGGGAUACAUGUCAAUAAGGGAUAAAAACAAUAAUAUAAUUGGCCCAAAUAAGAUAAUGACCUGGCUAAAACCAAAUAAAAUGGACUCAGUGAGUGAAGAAUUUAAAAAUAAAUUAAAAUCGAAGAAGAAAGCAGUCGCUUGGUUUGUUUCUAAUUGCUACGAUAAAGUGGGCAGAAGAGCAUGUGCAUUAUAUCUUAAACAAGAAUUAGAAGUAAAUUAUAAUUUAACAGUUGACAUUUACGGAGGUUGUAGUCCCUUGAAAUGCCCGUCUCCCCAUAUUAAGGAUUGUUUUAAAAUGUUACAAGAUGAUUAUUAUUUCUAUUUGUCGUUUGAGAAUUCUUUUAGCGAAGAUUAUGUCACUGAGAAGUUACUUACAGCUGUUACCAAUAAUGCGGUACCAAUUGUCUAUGGAGGAGCUAACUAUACAAGGUUUUUACCUAAUGGUUCUUAUUUAAAUGCAAGAUUGAUGACUAUUAAGCAGCUGGCUGCUAAAAUUGACGAGUUGAUAAAAAAUCCAGACCAAUACGCAAAUUACUUUCAAUGGAAGAACCAUUACUCAUAUCAUAGCCUCGACGAAGAUCCAGAGACCGAUGAAUACUGUAGAUUUUGUGCGAUUCUCAAUGACGAGGAAAAAGUCAACAAAAUUUCUUACAUAGGUGACUUUAGGAAAUGGUGGAAUAAUCCUAAUUUUUGCUAGUCCAAAGUGUCAUCCACCAAGAUUGAAAGUAUCUUCUGCGCUGUGCUGUGAUAUGUUUUAAAUUAGAUAACUCGCUCCUUGUAGAUAAGAAGUGCCUACCUAGGGUUCCCCUCGGUUUCACCCACAUUAAUUUAAGGAAAAAGGUCCUAAUGGGUCAACCUUAAAAUACAGAUAUAUGAUGUUGCGUAUAUUUUUAUAGAACUUUUUAAGAGGAACAUUUUUGUCAUACGCUAUUUUUGUGUAACUUUCACUGUUUACGCAGUGCACGCAACGAAAUCAUCAUGAAUCAUGGAGGGAAUAUUUUCCCAGUUUUGCUAUAUUAUUCAUUUGCACUCCACUCCUUUUGGUCUUAACGUUAUUGAUGUGAUAACGUCUUAUAAAUCCAUGAACACCGGCUUCACACACGGAAAAGUGUGACGUCAUGUCACGUUAUGAUGACGUCACAUGAUCUCGAGUUAGUUCAACGUUCCGUCGUGUGUGUGCUGUGAGGUCCCUUGACACCCCGAACGCCCCCCCCCUGACCUACAUAUUUAAAAAACUCUGUGAUACGACCUUUCAGGAAAGCAUUUUUUAGGAGCUUUCACUUUAACAUGACCCAUUUAUUGAUCAAAACACAGCGCAGCAUAGCUCAAUGUUGAUUGGUCUCAACUCUUAUUCUACAAUAACUAUAACUGAUGUCAUUAAAGAACUACAUGACUGAUUGUUGUUAUUAAGCCUCGAACACAUUAUGGUUCAAAUACUGUAUCAUGUUGCCGAACAAGACGCGCAACAACUACGUGAAAAAUGACGCGAAAGAUUUUGCAGUCCACACUAGUUAGCGCUUAUAGAAAUGCCACACAAGGAGCUUUGGCAAUUAGUGCUGCGUGCAUACUUAUUUCAGGAGAGAAAAGUUAGCGAAAGAGAAGGAAGUAUGCGCGAUUUAUUACUUUAACGAGAAUCAAGAAUUAAUAUUUUAAGAGACCUCCGAAUACCUGACGGAUUUUUUGUAAAUUUGGUUGAAUAUCAACAUCGGGCUUACUCUGGUAAAGUUCAUUUAUUAAAAGCACGGUUUUUCUCACACUUCAGACAUGUUGAAAGGCACGUUGCGUGCACGAAUACACUCUGGAACAAACGGCUUGUCGCUGACGCGGGACACAUACGGUCGCUUUCGGAGCGGGUACAAGCAACAUAUUCCGCGUCACGUGAAUGUGAAGCAUAAUGUUGGGGAACAAGUUGCGCGACAGUGCUGGACGUUGCAGCGUCACGUAGAUUGAGGGUUGCGCAUCAUGUUGGGAGACAUUUUAUCCUCUAACGUAUUCGGGGCUUUAUUCCACAAAUUCAUGAAAAUACACUUGAUGAAAACCUUCUUUAUGUAUUUUUAUUGGUGUACAAUUCAAAAACGUCUUAAAUUAGUCGCAGGUCGAAACGAGAAUGAUCAUUAUUACGUACAUUAAAACAGAGGAAGCUCUCAAAUCGUCAGUACAUUUUAAAAUUACCUAUUUAUUUUUAUAAAAUUAUGGGCACCUUUUUGCCAAAAUGAACAUUAUUAUUAUAUAAUUUCGACACAAAUUUUGAUGUUGCAACGGAACUCAAAACCGAAAACAAUUACUUAUUAUUAGAUUAUUUUUGUAGCCUGUAUAAACAUUAAGAGAGAAAAAAACGACGGGUUGCACUUCGGGAGUGCCGGCAGAAGUGAAAACUUGAAUAUUAUGUAAUGGUUAGGGAAUAAUUUUGCACGAAUUGCUUUAAUUAUCAGUAUAAAAGUACUAUCAUUUAUGUGGAAAAAUACAAUAUUGAUUUAUUGCGCUAUCAUAUAGAAACAUGACAAUUUAUACACAUAUCACAUUAAAAAGUUUAUCUUACAGAAAAAUCAACUAACAUGAAUCACAUUUAAGCGCAUCUAGCGCCAUCUAUUGUAAAAAAAUGCAUUUUCUUAGCAACAAAGCUGCCACCUGGACGUCCUAAUAAGAGAAUUAUUAUUAUAAUACGAUAAAAUAAAAUGUUACUAUGUUUCGUCCAAUAUAUUGAAUUCUUUCCAAUUUUAUUGUUUUUGUCUUACGAAUUUUCGAUCAGGCCACGUGUCCUGAUGCGAGUUUAACAGUUUUUACCCAUUACAAAAAAGUGUACAACGCCGCUAAAGAAGAUUUCACUUAAAAAAACCUGAUUUUACAUUAAGAUCUAAUAUAAACUUCCAGUGCCAUAGAUGUUUGUAACAAAACUCCUCCGAAAAGGCUUGACGGAGUCUAAUGAAAUUUGGUGUGUAGGUAUAUUCAGUAGGCCUGAGAAUAGGGCGUAAACUGUUUUUCCUACCACCGAGUGAUCAACCUUAUCACUUAAGGAUAUCCACCCGAAUGUUUUGUGGACAAAUUAUAUUUUUUUUUAUGAUGAGGCAUUAACCAAUAUAUGCCCCUUGAUUCGAACAUAUAGAAAACGGACGAACGAAAACGAACACGAACAGUAACCUAACCCUUUAUGCCCAAAAUUGUGUUGGACUUCCAAUUUUUGAAAAUUUUGGAUAUGUUUAUGCUAAUAGGUAUUUAUUUAUAUUAACUACUUUAAUGUUGUUUGAAAACGAAACAUUAGGCACUUCCCUUACAUAACAUACCGUGUGGUAUAUAUUUAUUAAAAAGAAAAGAAUAAUAGUAUACAGCAUGCUGUAUAUUUUUGUUCUUUGAAGGAAAUAAAGCGACUUCUCCAAUAGAUAAGUAAACGUAUUUCUCAUAGAUACAUUUACAUAAUUUUGAAUAUAUAUACGACUUAUAUUAAACAGAUGUAUAUUGAACGAGACAGGAUUCUGGCCAAGAAUCCCCAGAGUUUCGUGCAUUAGCUUUUAUAACUAGUCACAGCGUCACCGGGUUCGAGGACAGCGAGACCCUAAGGGGACCUCAAGCCGAGAAUUGGCGAGUGCCUCUAGAGGUAUUCCAGGUGGAUGGCGUCUCCCCACGGGGGCAGUCUCCUCUCCGUCUUGAGCCUCUAGACCACUCGAACCUGAGAGGGUCGGUUCAACUAGAGGGCCUCUCUGAGACUCGGGCUAUAAGUUUUUUUUUAAAUGAGCUUAGUUAUUAUAUUGUUAUUAUAAAUGAGAAAAUGUGUCCUUCUGUCUGUUGCAUUUCAUUUUUAAACCAGUGAAACGAUUUCAACGAAUUUGGUAUAGCGAUAAUAGUCCCGGAAAAGGAGGUACGAUAGUUUUUGUUACUAUUACUUCAGGGGGUUGGAAGUUUGUAUGGGAAAGUAAUAUUUCCACGGAGACAAAUGAGCGGGCACCCACUUUAUAAAAAAGCCAUGUAGGGUCAGUUCGCCUGUUCGCGUCCAUUUAGUGCAGUUGGAAAGUUUGACGGCGAUAAUAAAAAUAUCCCAGCACUAAUUUCUAUGAAAAAAAUAUGUAAUGUUUUCAUUAUAUAGUCUAUUUUAAGUUUAACUUUCAGUUUUGUUCGAAACAUCUUUUGUUUUUUAUUUAAAUAGAUAAACUUCGGAAUAAGGCGUUUUACCCAGUUUGCGUCCACAAAAUCCAAAUUACGUCCACCCGUGGACCAUUUAGCGUCCACCACCUUAGAAAAGGAAUAUAAGGGUGAUAUUUUUAAGAAUUUGUAUAGAAAGAUUGUACCUAUUUCAACAAUUUCUUUAUUUUAGAAUAUAAAUAUUAAAACCAACAUUAUUAUCAUUAAAAUUAUCUUUAAAAAAAUAAAAUCAUUUUUCUCAAUAUUGAUUGAAUUUAAAAUUAUAUAAGUAGUAGGUAAAUAAUGAUUGCAUCCUUAAGAAUAAACAGUAAUCAGUUCUGUUAAUUUUACCCUAAAAAACAAGGUAUGUUUUUCUCAUCGUCGUCUUCUACAUCUGAAAUUAGUAUAUCGUCACAUUCAGAAAAUUUUCUUUCUUAAAUUCCUGAUUUACCAUUCCCUGUGUGACUUCGUGAAGAGCAUGCAUCUUCUUCUUUCGUUUUGGAGCAGUUUAACGAACCGUUUGAGAGUGUUUUAAACUCUGUUCUUGUUUCUCUAUUCAUUCUAACUUUCUUUUUCGUAUUGCUUCCUGCUUUUCGUUCUUGAUCUGCUCUUUAUCUUCUUAAUACUAACUCCAUGCAGCAGAAGAUAUGGUUGCUAGAGUUCUUUGAUUAUCUUUUCGUGCUUUGUUAGAAAUUUCGGGUAGCAUCAAGUGGUGUCUGGUCCCGGUUUCUUUACUUUAUUUGGUCUGCGCCCACUGAUUUUGUACAGUAUGUCUAUGUGUCUUACCGAUUUAUUAUUUUCUCGAAUUUCGCUUUCUUUAAAUCGUCUUCUGUGUAUAUUCUCUUUUCCUUCUACUUUCUUGUAUCCGAAGAACUCAUCUCAAAUAGAAAAAAAUAAGAAUGAAACAAAUAAAGUAUUUGAUUUAUUGAUUGAAAUUACUCAUUUCAUUUAAAAAUAGCAUUAAAAACACGUAGUCUUAAUAAAAAUGUAUAAUAAUAAUAAUCAAUACCUAUAUUUUGAAUUAUAAUUAAUUAAUUGUAUUUAACGAAAAUAAUGGUCGCAAUUUGGUUUAUUAUUAUCCCCUGUAGGUAUAGUUUGCGUCCAUUGCGGACGCAAAUUGGAAGUUUUGUAAUUUCGAUGUAGUAAUUCGCGUCCACCUUAUUUUAUUUAUUAAAUAUAAAAAACAUAAGAAAAUUUAUAAUUAAUAUCAUUC